UGGAUUGACUUAUCCUUCUAAGGUGUAAAUUGAGGUAUUAAUUUGACUGAAAAUCCAUAUACAACUUAAUCUUAGCAUUGUUAACUGUGUUGAUAGGUACUUAAUCUGUGUGCAGCAAUUGGCACCUACAUUCACCUCAGAAUGAAUCCAAAGUUCUGGCUGGCAACCAUGUUUCUGAUGUCCCGGAUUGGUGUACUCAACGCUAACAGCCAGUGUCGUGUAACGGAAAGCUCCAUUGGCGGAAUGUACCUGAAAGGUCACGUGUUUAAAAUGUAUCGCGAUCAGUUGCCUGAAGAAUGUUUUUACCUGUGUGAGGAAGAAGUCACAUGUCAGAGUUACAAUGUCGUCAUUGGUCAAAAUAUCUGUGAACUGAAUAAUCGUACAAAGGAAGCAAGACCGGAAGAUUUUAUGCCGGAUCAGAGGAGAUUUUACAUGAAGCGUUCUAGAAACAGAGUUCCCCUCGGAUCCAUCAAAGAACUUCCGGCGAAAACCUGUGGUGAGAUUAGAGCGAGUGAAGGGAACCAGAUGGCUGACGGGAAAUACUGGAUUUACUCUGACGAGAAUAGCGAGGUCAUCGAAGCUUAUUGUAAAGGUAAAUUGUUUGACUAAAUUAGUCGACUCAUCAUCACCCCACUGCCUGCUUAACUUGUUCUCCUACUCCGACUCCUCAAUUAAACGUACCAAAAUAAUAUCUCGUCGCAGUGUUUCUGCAAAAAAGGGGAA